AUGUCGAUCAUCCAGCAGCAUACCAGCGCAUCCAUGAGCGAUGCCUGGCGCACAAUCAACAUCGACGCCCUUGCCGAGGACUCGAGCGUCAACUUCGACACCUCGACCCUGCACCCCCCGCAACCAGAAGUCUCCGAUAGCGAAGUCAGGCAGCUUGCCGGCCAGGUCAGGCAGCUUAUGCGAGGAGGAGAUGCCGAAGGAGCUCUCAGGGGUUGCCUCGAGAUGCCAGUCUACAAGGGCUCCGACGCAGCAAAGGAGGCCCAUCUGCAAACGAUUGUCGAAGUCUUGCAGUCGAUCAAGGCAAGCGAUAUGAGCCCCUUGCUCAAGGCCAUCUACGAAUCACCAGGCGGAAGCGAAGCGCUGGACGUGCUUAUGAAGUAUAUCUACAAAGGAAUGGCGGGUGGCCAGACCGGAAGCACUCCUAGAACUCCCGCCAGGGACACGCACCAGCCUGCAGGCGGCUUCAGCCAGGUUGGCUCGCGACCGGUCACCUCAAACGAGUCUGCUGCUGCCACCAUGAGUGUCUUGUUGAGCUGGCACGAGAAGUUGGUGGAUGUGGCCGGACUGGGCUGCAUCGGCCGGACUAUGACCGACUGGCGUAGGGUCUGA